CCUCAUAUCAUUCCCACAUAAAAACCAAACCAAUCCUUGAUAACAUAACAUCCAAUAACAUGGCAUUAUUCUCAUUCUCAUUCUCCUCAUUCUGCCUCACAAUUUUUGUCAUCUAUUCUUCUUUAUCUCUAUCUGCUGAAUCACGUGUCUCACCAAUUGCACCAAUCUCUUCUCUCAUUAGCAAAACCCUUUUCGACUCAAUCUUUUUACAUAAAGAUGACAAUGCUUGCCCUGCUAGAAACUUUUACACUUAUGAAUCCUUCGUUGAGGCAACCUCGAGCUUCCCAGCGUUCGGCUCGACCGGAUGCUCGGCCACACGGAAGCGCGAGGUUGCCGCAUUUCUUGCACAGAUCUCACAUGAAACCACAGGUGGUUGGGCUACUGCACCUGAUGGACCAUAUGCUUGGGGGCUGUGCUUCAAGGAAGAAGUUAGUCCUCAAAGUGAUUAUUGUGAUUCCUCCAACAAAGAAUGGCCCUGUUAUCCUGGAAAGAGUUACAAAGGCAGAGGACCAAUUCAACUUUCCUGGAAUUACAACUAUGGGCCAGCAGGGAAGGCCUUGGGAUUCGAUGGCCUUAAGAACCCAGACAUUGUGUCAAACAAUUCAGUAAUUGCAUUCAAAACAGCACUCUGGUUUUGGAUGACAGAGCAGAAACCAAAACCUUCUUGCCACAACGUCAUGGUUGGGAAUUACGUGCCAACAGCAUCUGAUAGAGCAGCAAAUAGAACCUUAGGGUUUGGGUUGGUUACUAACAUAAUCAACGGUGGACUUGAAUGUGGAGUUCCAGAUGAUGCAAGAGUCAAUGAUCGGAUUGGAUACUUUCAAAGAUAUGCUAAGUUGUUUAAUGUAGAUACUGGACCUAACUUGGAUUGUGCAUAUCAGAAAUCCUUCUAAGCUUACAUUGUUUUUGGUGUAUCCUUUCUUUUUCUUUUGUUUCUAUAAUUUUCUCUAUUUAGUAAAUGGUCAAAUUCAUUUUUAAAAGAUUAUUUAUGUUUA